GAACAAAAAGAGCUAACCGGGCCGUCCCGCAGGAAGCUUAUAGAUUAGCCUUGUCACUAACUACACAGUGAAAGAGAGCUUGCUUAUCUUUCACUUCGGCCAUCAAAAACCCUAGAAAUCACAGACGUCAUGGACAUGCAGAAUGAGUUUGAUAGGAUACUUUUCUUCGAGCACGCUCGUAAAACCGCCGAGGCUACCUACGCUAAGGACCCUCUCGACACCGAGAAUCUAACGAGGUGGGGUGGUGCUCUGUUGGAGUUGGCUCAAUUUCAGAAUGUUGCAGAUUCCAAGAAAAUGAUACUAGAUGGCAUAUCAAAGCUGGAGGAAGCAUUGCUGAUUCAGCCAAAGAAGCAUGACACUCUUUGGUGCCUAGGAAAUGCUCAUACUUCAUUUGCAUUUUUAACCCCUGAUCAGGAUGAGGCUAAGGAGUCUUUUGAUAAAGCAUCUGUCUUCUUUCAGCAAGCUGUUGAUGAGGACCCAGAGAAUGAAAUUUAUCGCAAGUCUUUAGAAGUGACUGCUAAGGCCCCAGAAUUACACAUGGAGAUUCAUAAGCAUGGUUUAGCUCAACAAGCUAUGGGGGCUGCACCUGCUGCUGGACCUUCAACUUCUGCAAGUGCUAAGGGUUCAAAGAAGAAGAAAAGCAGUGAUCUCAAGUAUGACGUAUUUGGAUGGAUAAUUCUUGCUGUUGGCAUCGUUGCGUGGGUUGGAUUUGCAAAAUCUCAAAUGCCUAUAACACCCCCGCCACCACCUCCAAGAUAAAUCAAACAAAGUGAGAGUGGCCCUCUUUUCGGAAUUUUGAGACGGUCAAUGAACAUUCGAGAAAAACAUGGUCCUUCAUCAUUACAUGAUUUUUUGUUUUCACCUUUAGUAAUGUUUUCUCAAUAUAAACUGAUUAAUAAAGCUUUAGAGUCAUCUCUCA